UGUACCGACUUCAGUCACAUGUCUGCAGAACCCGAGUCUGUAGCAGACGGAACUAGCCAGCCAGCUAGCUAGCCUUUUUUUAUUUUACAUUUUAGCAAACAGAGUAAUUUGCACGAAUAUUAUUUAUCUAGUCAUUUCUGAUUUUCUUGUCAAAAUGUAAGUUUAUCAAGUGAUCGGGUCAAGACUAGUAAUGGGAUGAUGGAUAUGGAAUUUAGUUGGCUUGCUAGCUUGCUUCGUUAGCAUUUGUGUGUGUUUGUUAACGCUAACUCAGCUAGCUGGAUAGACGAAUUUCUUCGUGAUUAAUUUUUGGAUUUAACUUGCUUGGAUGUCAUGGCUUCAACGAAGUGACAGGAAUUAUCUUCAAGUCACCAAUACGGAUUAAAUAAACGGUUUGAUCGGCUGGGUGGUGGAGAGAGGAGACAUGAUAUUGUAGUGGUGCCUUGUAACGUUGCUCAACGUGACAGUGUUUUUUUUAUUGUCAUACUGAUUGGCUAAGUAAACAUUAGCAUAUAGCUAGCAGGAAAGCUCCACAAUGCAUGACGCUUACGAACCGGUACCUAUCCUGGAGAAACUGCCUCUCCAGAUUGACUGCCUUGCGGCCUGGGAGGACUGGCUUCUAGUUGGGACCAAACCAGGCCAUCUGCUGCUCUACAGAAUCAAAAAGGAUGCAGGUACCAACAGGUUUGAGGUGACUCUGGAGAAAUCCAACAAGAACUUCUCCAAGAAGAUCCAGCAGCUCUUCAUUGUCUCACAGUACAAGAUCCUCAUCAGUCUACUAGAGAACAACAUCCAUGUCCACGACCUAUUGACCUUUCAGCAGAUUACUGUGGUCUCCAAGGCCAAAGGGGCAACGCUCUUCGCCUGUGACCUGCAGCUGUCCCCUUCAGGAGAGGCCCAGCUGAGGAUGUGUGUUGCAGUGAAGAAGAAGCUUCAGUUGUACUACUGGAAGGACAGGGAGUUCUACGAGCUACAGGGGGACUUUUCUGCUCCAGACAUCCCGAAGUCCAUGGCCUGGUGUGAGAACUCCAUCUGUGUAGGCUUCAAGAGAGACUACUACCUCAUCCGGAUGGAUGGCCGUGGCUCCAUCAAGGAGCUCUUCCCCACGGGGAAGCAGCUGGAGCCCCUGGUGGUUCCCCUGGCUGAUGGGAAGGUGGCGGUGGGCCAGGAUGACCUCACGGUGGUGCUCAACGAGGAAGGGGUCUGCACUCAGAAGUGUGCCCUCAACUGGACUGACAUCCCCAUUGAUAUGGAACAUCAGCCCCCCUACAUCAUAGCUGUCCUGCCUCGCUAUGUGGAGAUCAGGACCUUUGAACCCAGACUGCUGGUCCAGAGUGUGGAGCUACAGAGACCACGAUUUAUCACCUCAGCUGGGCCUAAUAUAGUGUACGUUGCCAGCAACCAUUUUGUCUGGCGCCUGGUACCUGUGUCCAUCGCCAGUCAGAUCAGACAGUUACUACAGGACAAGCAGUUUGAACUGGCCCUGCAACUGGCGAAUAUGAAGGAUGACGUGGAAGGAGAUAAGAGACAGCAGAUUCACCACAUCCAGAAUCUCUAUGCCUUCAAUCUGUUCUGUCAGAAGAGGUUUGAUGACUCCAUGCAGGUGUUCGCUAAGCUCGGCACAGAUCCCACCCAUGUGAUUGGUCUGUAUCCAGACCUGCUCCCCGCUGACUACCGUAAACAGCUGCACUACCCCAACCCCUUGCCCAGUCUGUCUGGAGCAGAACUGGAGAAGGCUCACCUGGCGCUCAUAGACUACCUGACACAGAAACGCAGCCACCUGGUGAAGCAGCUGAACGACUCCGAGCCGUCCACCCCGUCUCCCCUCAUGGAAGGGACUCCCACCAUCAAGAGCAGGAAGAAACUCCUGCAGAUCAUCGACACCACGCUGCUCAAAUGCUACCUGCAUACCAACGUGGCCCUGGUGUCCCCUCUGUUGCGUCUGGAUAAUAACCACUGUCACAUUGAGGAGAGUGAGUACAUCCUGAAGAAGGCCCACAAGUACAGCGAGCUCAUCAUCCUCUAUGAGAAGAAGGGCCUGCAUCAGAAAGCCCUACAGGUGUUGUUGGACCAGUCCACCAAGGCUAACUCUCCCCUAAAGGGGCAUGAGAGGACUGUGCAGUACCUCCAGAGACUGGGGAUGGAGAAUCUAGGCAUCAUCUUUGAGUUCUCUCCCUGGGUGUUGAAGAUCUGUCCUGAAGACGGACUGAAGAUCUUCACUGAGGACCUGACGGAGGUAGAGACCCUGCCCAGAGACAAGGUCCUGAACUUCCUGAAGGAGGGCUUUAAGGAGCUGGCUAUCCCCUACCUGGAGCACAUCGUACACGUCUGGGAGGAGACGGAGCCAGAGUUCCAUAACGUCCUCAUUCAGCUUUACCUGGAGAGGGUCCAGGGGCUCAUGAAGCAGUACCUCAACUCCCUGCCCGAGGGGGUUCCUGCAGUGGCUGCUGGGAAGGAGGAGGGGGACCUGGGAGAGUUCAGGAGCAAGCUAGUGUGUUUCCUGGAGGUCUCUACCAGCUACGAACCAGGCCGACUUAUCUCUGACUUCCCCUUCGAUGGUCUUCUGGAGGAGCGGGCCCUGCUGCUGGGUCGGAUGGGGAAACACGAACAGGCCCUCUUCAUCUACGUACACGUCCUGAAGGACACACACAUGGCCAAGGAGUACUGUCACCGGCAUUAUGACAAAGACACAGACAGAAACAAAGAUGUGUACCUGUCUCUGCUGCGCAUGUAUUUGUCCCCUCCUGAUGUCCACUGCCUUGGACCAAUCAAAAUGGAGCUGUCGGAGCCACAGGCCAAUCUAAAGGCUGCUCUACACGUGCUGGAGCUGCACCACAGCAAGCUGAAUACCGCUAAGGCCAUCAACCUGCUGCCAGCCAACACUCAGAUCAGAGAGAUCCGUGUGUUCCUGGAGAGUGUUCUGGAGGAGAAGGCCCAGAGGAAACGCUUUGACCAGGUCCUCAAGAGUCUGCUGCAGGCCGAGUUCCUACGGGUCCAGGAGGAGCGUAUCUUCCACCAGCAGGUCAAGUGUACCAUCUCAGAAGAGAAGACCUGCCGGGUCUGUAAGAAGAAGAUAGGCAACAGCGCCUUCGCCAGGUAUCCCAACGGUGUUGUCGUUCAUUACUUCUGCUGUAAGGACCGAGGGGUGUGUCCUAUUGAGCAGUGACACCAAAAUUGUGUCCUCUUGUGGACUACAUGUUCCUUAGCGGCACCCUGGACGGAGGGAGGGCAGGGAGCUGGGUUUGUCUGAAACACUUCCACAGCAGCUUGGCUGUUCAGCUGGACUCAUCUCUGGAACUCUGGAUCUCUGGAACUCUGGCUGCUUCUGUCUAGAAUUGUGGAAUGCUGUUCCUCUCCCUCCCGAUCUCGUUGUCUCUCUCUGACUCUCGCUGUCUCUCUGACUCUCGCUGUCUCUCUGACUCUCGCUGUCGCUCUCUCUCUGACUCUCGCUGUCUCUCUCUCUCUGACUCUCGCUGUCUCUCUGACUCUCUCUGUCUCUCUCU